CACACCCUGCAGCAAGAUGGAGGCUCGCUGGUUCCUGCUGCUGCUGCUUGCCUUGGGGGCACUGUGGGCAGCUAGCGAUUCACUGGAGACCAAAAUCAUUGGAGGUCAUGAAGUCACCCCCCACUCUCGUCCCUACAUGGCUUCACUGCAGAAAGCUGGCUCACACCUAUGUGGGGGGGUCCUGGUGGACCGCCAGUGGGUGCUGACCGCAGCCCACUGUCUGAGAGCACCGAUACAGCUGCUGAGGCUGGUUCUGGGCCUCCAUGGCCUCCACGAUCGCCAUGACCCCGGCCUCACCUUCCACAUCAAGGCCGCUGUCAGGCACCCAGGCUUCAAGCCGAAUCUGGAGAAUGACCUCAUGCUGCUGAAGCUGGAUGGAAAGGUGAAACCCAGCAGGACCAUCCAGCCCCUGGCGGUGGCCAGAAGGCGCCGUGCCAUACCAGCAGGCACGAAGUGCAGCGUAGCCGGCUGGGGAGUGACCCACCCCACUGGGCGCCUGGCCCUCAGGCUGCACGAGCUGGAUGUCCGUGUGCUGCAUGCCAAGAUGUGUAACAACAGCCGCUUCUGGAAUGGAAACAUCACCCACCACAUGCUCUGCCUGGCUGCUGAUGCCAAGGACCAGGCUCCCUGCAAGGGUGACUCAGGUGGGCCGGUCAUAUGUGACAAAGGCCAGGUGGAUGGAAUUCUGUCCUUCAGCUCCAAGACCUGCAUCAAUGUUUUUAGGCCCCCCGUGGCCACUGCCGUGUCCCCCUAUGUGCCCUGGAUCAGGAAGAUCAUCGGCCGCUGGUCACCCUAGCCUCUAGUUUGAUACUCAGGGCGAUGGGAAGGUCGGGCAUGGGACGUGGGACGGGGCUAGGUGUUUUGGAGGGCCAAUAAAUGGUGACUGAA